CGUCAUUUGCAACCGUGAAGUGAAUAUGACAAAUUGCUGAGCUCAAAUUGUGACGCUGACGGCUGAGGUUCCGCAGAAGCUAACUGCCCUAUUCGCGUAUCGCACCCGCAAUGCACACCGCGCUGCGACACAAUACUUGCGCUGCUGUGUAGCAAAUGUCACCAGCGUAACGAGGUGGAGCUUUGGAAUUUCGCAGUAGGGCCCUGUCAGCUCACGAUGAGCUCGCUCGAUGGCCUGACGCGCGCCAAAAUGGAAGCGGCGCUCCCGCUGGACGUUGAGACUGUAGAGCGGCGCACUCUCGCUUUUCUGUCUAAGCACGGGUUGCGGGUGCGGCCGAUGGAGGAUCGCGAACUGGCGGCCGUGCUCGUGGCCGACAGCGCCAUCUACGCAACGUCGGCUCCGGCACGCAUCGACACCAUGCGAGAGUGGUGCGCCAAGGUUCCGGACUGGGGCUUCGUGAUUGAGGCUUCGGGGGAGCCGCAGACUGCACCGAGCCAGGAGGCAGCUGCAGGAGGCAGCUGUGGAGGCGCCGCCGCCAGCAGCGGCAAUGGCGUGAGCAGCGGCACCACCAGCAGCCGCCCGGGGGCGCCAGCAGCCCCCGGCGGCGGCGACACGGGGGGCGGCGGGUGGGCGCCCUUGGGCGUGUGCAUCAUGAUCCCACUCAGCGCCGCCGGCUGGCAGGCGCUGACGUCAGGGGAGCUGCAGGAGAGCGACAUGCGCGACGGCGGCAACGUCAGCAGCGACCACUGCUACUGCUCCGGCGGCGCCGCCGCCUCCUGCAGCAGCCGCUGUAGCAGCAGCGCCGCCGCCGCCGCCGCCGUCGCCGGCGCCCUGCUGUGCCAUGAUAUCAGGGGUAACCAAGUCGGUGUCGGUCCAUGCGGUUGCGCCGGCGCACACCCUGUGUCGGGUGGUGCGGCACCAGCACCGGGCAGCAGCACCGGCACCAGGCAGCUCCAACACCAGGUGCCCCACCAGCCCCACCGCCCCGGGUUACUGCACGACCCCGACGCGCCCGGCCACGGCGGCGGCUGCAUGGGGCUGCACAUCUACCACAUGGAGCGGGCGCCCGCCUACCCGCCCAACCUGCCCACCUUUGGACUGGUGGCGCUGUACGGCAUUGCACUGGGACUGUGCGCAUCACAGCGCGUGCGGCGGCGCGCUGGACAGGCUGGUCCGCUGCAACUGAUCGGCAUGUCGGGCCUGGCGGUCAGCCCAACCGGGAUCUCACUCACCAGUGUCCUGUACGGCAGUCGCGAACAGGGGUACAUCUCAAACGAGUUCGUACUGCGGGUGCCGCCGGCACGGCAAUCUGCACCGCAGCAGGCGCCGCACCACCCACCGCACCACCAGCAACAGCAAGAGCCACAGCGGCCGCAGGCGGCGGUGCAGCAGCAGGGCAGCGGUGGCAAGUGCAGCGAGCAAGGUGGUGGCAGCGGCAGUGGCAGUGGCUUCGGCGGUGGCGCGGGCAAGGAUGGCGGGCGCAGCUCUUCCUGGAGCUUAUCCGGCGAUGGCGGGGGGAGUGGCGACGGCAGCAGUGGGGAAGGCGGCGGCAGCGAUGCCUUGUCGUGUGUGCUCAGCGGAACGGCCAGCUUGGUUGGCAAGCGCAAGCUCGAGGUGCAUGCGCUCCGCACGCAGGAGGAGCUGGAUGCGUUGCUGCAGGCAGGAUACGAGUUCGUGGCGCGAUGCAGGAUGACGCUGCAGUACACACACGAGCCAAGCCUAGUGUGGACCAUCGUACCGCGCGCACUGGACGGCCCAGCUGCGGCAGCAGCAGCAGCUGUAGCACCGGCAGCAGGAGUGGCGUCGCCCCCGGGGCUCGCGGCUGUAGCACGACGGCCUGAGAGCGGCCCCCUGCUAGCAAGGCUGUAACCGGGGGACAAGAGUUAUAGCGUCUCGGGCGGUUAGGCAUGUUGGGUGCGUGGGUGUGAUCGGGAGUGAGUGCAAGGGAACAGGACUGGGCUAUGGGCAAGCCCCAGUAUCACAGUGUGCGGCGCAAUUCCAUUACCGGUACCUGAUUGGCAACAUUUCAGGGCGGGAGCAUGGGGCGGGGAGUGAGACCUGUGGGGUGUACUGGUGUGGAACGUGGGUCUGCUUUAUGCGUGUGUGCGACCUUCCGUGGGCGGCAACCUCUGUGUAACAUGCUUGUGGGCCUAUAGGGCUGACCAUGUAAACGAUGUUCGCA